CUUUCCUUUUCUCAACUCACCACAAUAUUCUUCAGCGUUCACACAAAAAAAGUACUAAUACUCAUUUUUCACAUGGAGAUUGAUUCACUAUUUCCUUCUUCUUUUGAAGAUUAUUCCCAUUUUUUCCCUGAAUUGGAACAGCCAAAUGUAAACACAAAGAAAAGAAAUCACCCCGAAGAUUCAUCACAAUCACAAUCGGAGUUACAUUAUCAAUGGAUUGAUGUGAAAAACACCAACAACAACUUCAAUGAUACUAAUUCUUUAAACAACUUCCUUACUACUCUCAUUCAAAUGGAUACACCACAACAACAAAUACCAACAACAACAACAACAACAACAAUGAACAACUCUAGCUUUGAGAUUGAUUUUGACUUCGACGAGUUGACAUCAUCACCUCCAAAGAAACAGCGUCGCGACACACAUGCUGCUGUCGCGACUGCUAGUUCUUCUUCAGUAAUGGGGGGUCCAGUAAGACGGUUAUGGGUGAAAGAACGUCCAAAAGACUGGUGGCAGAAAUGCAGCAGUCCAGACUUUCCCGAAGAAGAGUUCAGGAGAUGUUUCCGGAUGAGCAAAGCAACGUUCGAGUUUAUAUGCCAAGAACUUGAAUCAGCUGUUUCAAAGAAAAACACUUUGCUAAGGGAUGCAAUUCCGGGGCGGCAGCGCGUGGCGGUUUGUAUCUGGAGACUCGCCACCGGUGAUCCUCUAAGGCUGGUUUCAAAGAGGUUCGGUUUGGGUAUAUCCACCUGUCAUAAGCUGGUUCUUGAGGUUUGUGCUGCAAUCAAGAAAGUUCUUAUGCCAAAGUUUAUUACUUGGCCUGAUGAAAAUAAGAUGAAUUUGAUUAAACAAGAGUUUGAGGGUCUUUUUGGAAUGCCAAAUGUUGGUGGUUCAAUGUAUACCACACAUAUUCCAAUAAUUGCACCUAAGAACAAUGUGAAUUCUUAUUUCAAUAAGAGGCAGACUCAGAGGAACCAGAAAACUGCAUACUCUGUUACUGUUCAAGGUGUGGUUGAUGCUAAAGGGGUUUUCACUGAUGUUUUUCUUGGUUACCCUGGUUCUUAUAAUGAUGAUCAAGUUUUGGAGAAAUCUGUAAUGUAUCAGAGAGCUAUGACAGGGAAUUUGAAAGAUUCUUGGGUUGUUGGAAAUUCUGGGUUCCCUUUGAUGGAUGGAAUUUUGGUUCCUUAUACACAUCAGAAUCUUACUUGGACACAGCACGCGUUUAAUGAGAAAGUGGAAGAUAUUCAGAAGCUGAGUAAGGAUGCGUUUGCAAAGGUGAAAGGAAGGUGGUCUUGUUUGCAGAAGAGGAUAGAGGUGAAGAUUGAGGAGUUGCCUGGUGUUCUUGGUGCUUGUUGUGUUUUGCAUAAUAUUUGUGAAAUGAGGAAUGAGAAGAUGGAUCCUGCAUGGAAUUUUGAACUUUUUGAUGAUGAAAUGGUUGCUGAGAAUGGUGUGAAAUCUGUUGCUGCUGCUCAAGCUAGGGAUAAUAUUGCUCAUGAUUUGUUGCAUCGUGGUCGUGUUGGCAAUACUUUUUUAUAAGUUUUUUUAUGUUUUCUGUUAUGUCAUGAUGAUGAUGAUAUAUUGUUUGUUGUAGUCACAUUUGAGAAGAGACAUUAGUGAUGUGAUGUUAUUAGUUCAAUAAAAAAAUAUACAAAGGGGGGGGGAUAGAUUUUUUUUAUUGAAACAGAAAAUGAAUGAAUGAAACAGUUGAAUUUUGUUGGCUUAAAGA